UUUCAAAACACAACCCAAACAGCAAGCAACGUGGCCUAAGCCAAACGCAAAAAAACCAAUAAACAACUUUAAAAGUUUAUCAAAUAAACCUAGUCAAAAUAUUUCUGAAGAGGUGCCAAAGCAAAUGUGUCAAUGAGGACACCGGACACCAAAGCGAAGCUUUUAAAUAAUUUAAGCCUCUCCAAGCAUCUCUCCUCUAAAAAGGGAUCUCGCACCAGCAACUGCGGCAAUCGUCUGGAAUUUGCCGUGCUAACGCAUCUAACCAACGUGCCCUGACUUCAGUCACAUUCAGCCACUUGUACUUUUUGUAACUGCAACGAAUUUCAAAUACCCUCUCUGCAAAAUGGUCCAUCAAACUCGCACCGCCAGCAAGGCCAUCCCAGCCAAGCAUUUGAGCCCCAUGCGCAGCACGGAUAUGCAGCUCGGCAAAUAUGCCGUCUCUACAAGUCCUGCCGAUAGUUUUUUGCGCAACACGAGGCUCAAUGUGAAUGCAACCGGAACUGGAAACGGAACCGGCUCUGCCAAUACAGCUGCCUAUAAAUACAACAAUAUGGUCAAUAAUAAUCGGGAGCAGUUCAAUGCACUGCACUUCUGCUAAGCCUCAUGAUGUUGUCGAUGAUGUUUUUAAUAAAUAUAUAAUUUCAUAUAUAUAUCAAAUUAA